GGUCAGCGAAAGCGCCCUGGAGAGGCGCUGGAUUCUACCCCAGCUCAGAAACGGAGCAGGCUGCUGCCCUCCAGAGCUGGUGGAACCUUGGAGACAGAGCCAAGAGAGGCUGAAGUCAUAGAUCUCACAGGAGAUUCUCCAGAGCCUGAAGUCAUCACCAUCAGCGAUGAUGAAUCUCCUGUGCAGAGCCCGCAGCAGCCACAUCUUUCCAGGGCCUCGGACAAUUCACCUGAGCCACUGGAAAGGAACGAUGGAGAAGAACCAGGAGAAGAUGAUGGUGAUUGGCUGCUGUUUGAAUUUGAUCCUCCCUAUUGGUCGGAUGAGGACUCCCAGUACAGAGAGCAGAACCAGCAGCACUCUCAGCUUUCCAGAUUAGCUGAGAAUUCAGCUGGGCCCCUGACAACUCCUGAUGAAGAGGAACCAAGAGUUAAUGAUGGGGCACAGCCAGCAGAUCCUGCUAGUCCUCUGACUACGGAGGAUGACAACUCAGAGGAGCAGGACAGGGAGCUGAGUCAGCUGCACUCACAGGAUUCCAGGGAGGCAGAGAAUUCAGCUGAGCUCUGGCCAAGAGAUGAUGAGGAGGAAUCACGAGACAACGAUGAUGCAUGGACAGCAAGUCUCAUCAGUCCUCCAAGUCCUGAGGAUGACAACGCAGAGGACUGGGAGGAGAGCCAGCAGUAUCCAUCUGAUUCCAGAUCAGAUGAGAAUUCAAACCAAGUGCUGGCAGGCAGACUUCAACAGGAGCCAAGAGAUCUAGAAUUUGCACCGCCAGGAGGUCCCAUUAGUCCCCCAAAUUGGGAGGAUGACAACGCAGAGUUUCCUGAAGUGCAUGGAGAAGAAAGGAGAACUGCUGCACUGAACAGCCAGGAACAGGUGGAUGGCUCUGCUGAUGGCACAGGAGCUAAUGACUCACCUGUGGCUGAUGCAGCCCCUGCAGAACACGGAGCAGAGGAGCAUGCUGGAAGUUCAGCUGCAGAGCCAGGAGUUGUCAUUAGCUGUCCAAUUUGCAUGGACUAUUACUCAGAGAUCAUGCAAAAUGGACGACAGCUUGUGACAACUGUGUGUGGCCACGUGUUCUGCAGUGGGUGCCUCCCUGCUGCCCUGGAGAACACCGGCAUGUGCCCAAUGUGCGGCGUGCAACUCGAUCCAGGGUUGUACUUUCCUAUUUAUUUAUGAGUGCUUCUGCUGCUCAGGACAGUCUCAGGUGGACCUUGAAGAACAGGCGGUGCAGAGGCUUGCUUCUUUCUGUAUAUAGUUUUUUUCUGUACAUAGUUUCAUGUUUUCUGCGUUCAGUUAUACAUAAAGUUUUGAUUGAUUUAAAUCUA